GAGUCGUGAUUCAAUCGCUUUUUAGAUAAAUUAUAAACUACUCAUAAAACCAAAAAUUCAAACCGAAACACCGAAGUUCACUGGAUAGAUAUGUUUUGAAGGCUGAGGACUUGAUACUGUAUGUUGUUGAUACUAUCCCUACCCCCGAAGGUGCCUAAUGGUUCGCGCGUCCUUGGCGCGUUGCACGACUGCAUUUGACAACAACGGUUAAAAGCGGAGGCGACGAUAGAAGAAGGAUUGGACAUCAUGCCCUUGAAGAAUGAAGACAGCUGGCUUCACUGUACCAUGUGUCGAUCAGGGAGGCAAGGUGCAUCCACUCUUAAUAAAGCUUUGCAAAGAAAGGUGGAGUGGCCAAGUCAAACAAACACCUCAUUUCACUCCUCACAGGAACCCAUGGUGCACACCACAAUAGAAGAUGCAUUUGACACAGUGCUGCAGUACAUGAAUGUAACAAGCAGACAGUGCAAGCGGUAUUUCCGCUGUAGAUCAACGGAAGACUGCAAUGCUCAGGAUGUAAAUCACUGCAACAGAUUUCAUCAACCAGGUUACAACCUAGUCACACGACCACACCCCCUCCAACGAAUGGAAGACGUCCAGGUAGAAGUAGCACCUGGCAGUUAUGCAGUUUCCGCUGGCCGCUACGGUGCACCCAGGCAACACACCCAUAUCGUCCGUUUGGAACCAGGACAGACGGUUGAUCUUGGGUUCUCGUUAUAGUCCUAUAUUGGCUUGAAGAUGAUGUAGUUUAUUCACUUUUUUGACAACAUAGUUACAACAGGGCUUAAAUUACACCGAGCAGGAAAAGAUGGCAAAAGGAACCUACACUGUAGACAAGAGUCGUCUUCAUCAUAGUUGGGAUCGUAGAAAUCGUGUUUUCACAUUUACUGCGACAAACUCAGUCAUCCUUUUAAAGCUAUUUAUACAGAUGUAAUUAUGAAAACUAGUAUAUUGUAAUGGAUGGAAUAUCAACGCUCGUCUGCUCAAUAGAAAUUAGUAUUCUUCUAAAUAUGAUAUAUUCAAGAGAAGAUCUUGACAAAAUUAGUUUACUAUUGUAGAUUUCGAAUUCACAACAUUGGAAACCUGAUGUGAAGUUACUUUCUGCUGAGAUAACAUUAACAAUAAAGCAUACCGUAGCAUGGUCAACUUUGGUGAACGUUUGGUUUUCUCUCCAUAGACGUAAUUCGCAGUGCUACGAUUGAACAUCAGAGAACUUUCCCAUUGUUUGAUCUGAGUAUAUUUAAAUAUAUCCUUAGUAUUAUUAUUUUUUUGUUUAUUUGUUUAAGUAGUUUGUUUUAUAGUGCAAGUAACUAAUGAUUGAAAAAAGUUUUUUACUCAAUAAAGACAAAUGAUUCUACGA